CUGCAUAACCCUCACAUGGAGCUACCACAAACGCAUCCACUCACUUUGAGCAGGGGCAAGGGUGAACUUGCACUGGUAGGAAAUUUCAAAAUAACCUUUUUGAAACGCCACUAUCUUGAAAACUCUUCCUACAAGAGACACAGAGGAGACAAGACAAUGCAAGAGCUCUCUUCUCCCUUCACCCCAGCAAUGAACAUACACCCGUUAAGGCAGAAAUCACAACUCUGGAGGGCCACGGGCAGCGCUCCCGGGUGAGUUCAGCCCUGGCAUCCUACAUCAUCUUUCAGGAACAGAACUAACACAGCACACAACCUGCCUUCAGGACAGAGCAGGAUGCUUCCUCACUCUCCCUCUGCCUCCAGGAUGGAGGGGGAUGCUCUCUCCCUCUGAUGUGUGGGAAGAACUCUAUAACUCAGGAAGAGCAAUAAAGCAGGCAUGUUUUAUUUGAUGCGUCAGUUGCAAGGGGGAUAGCUCCACCUAUGUUGCACACCGAGAAACAGAACGGUCACCUAUUUAUUACACUAAAGCAUACAUAUUCAUUACAUUUCCUGGAACAGGCGUGUCUAUUAUAAUCAUUUCCCAAAAUUUAUUUACAUAAGUUCCCUCCCUUUGGUUCACGUGCUUUGCCCUCUGGGGGUCUUGGGCAGGGGGGUCCUGGAGGAAGGCUCACAGUCUCCUUCACGGUACACUUCUCAACUCUCCUUCUUGCACAUGCUCUCAGACAGCUUGGGCACCUCUUCAAGGUUGCAUCUGGUCCUAGCUGGUUCUUCUUCUUAUCCUGGUCCUAAGGAGUUCUUCUGUCUCUUACCAUUGCACUAGUCCCUAUUAUCUGGAUUAACUGGCCAGGCACAGGCAACACAUGUUCAUUAUCAAGAAUAAAAUAUGCUUCUGUAAGCAAAAUAGCUACCUUAAAACUUGAACAGUCAAAGCACCGUUAUCAUGCAAGUGAAAUAGCUACUUUAAAACCUAAACUAGCAAAGCAUAGCUAAAGAUGCUAUAAUGCUCCUCUUCACCUCUCCCCCUCCUUCAGGACUGAGCAGGAUGCUCGCGCUCUCUCUCUCUCCUGCUUCCAGGACGGAGGGGGAUGCUUCCUCCCUCUUCCCUGUCUCCAGGAUGGAGCGGGGCUCUCUCUCUGUCUCCUGCCUCCAGGACGGAGCGGGAUGCUCUCUCCCUCUCCCCUGCCUCCGGGACGGAGCGGGAUGCUCUCUCCCUUCCCUCCAGGACGGAGGGGGAUGCUUCCUCCCUCUCCCUUGCCUCCAGGACACAGAGGGAUGCUUUUUCUCCCUCUCCCCUGCCUCCGGCUCGGGAGAUGCCUCUCGGUACCACGUCCCCAGGACGGGCGGGGGAUGCUCUCGGGUACCACUCCGCGGCUCUCCCGAAAGAGAAGGCUGCUGACCCGGCACAGUUUUCCGGUGAUGUCCUGGGACGGGCGCGGCUCCCCGGGACGCGCUGGGACCGCUCCUGGCAAAACUCGCGGCGGCGGCUCCGCCUUUCCCCACCCGGGAACCCCCGCGGGAGGACGUUUUCCGCGUGGAAGCGAACUCGCGGCUCCGUGAGGCUGAAGGAGGAGCCGGCUGGAGAGGAGGCGGGGAGGAGGCGGGGAAGGAGGGCGAGCGGAGCGGCUCUCGGGGCCGCAGAGGGCGGCGCGGCUGCCCCAGCGGUGUGGAGCCCUCCCCGGAGAACGAGGAUGAGCGGAGGGGAUGGUGGAAGCCGGGCGGGAACCAUCAGCUACGCCCUUCCCUCCAUCCCCUCCAGCAAACUCCCGGACUUGCGUUUUAUCAGCCGUGGCGCUUACGGUACCGUGUCCGCCGCCCGACACGCUGACUGGAGGGUCCCGGUGGCCCUCAAAUGCCUGCAAGGACCGCUGCUAGACAGUGAUAGAAACCACCUUCUAAAAGAAGCAGAGAUAUUACACAAAGCCAGGUUUAGAUACAUCCUACCAAUUCUGGGAAUUUGCAACGAGUCUGAAUUUCUGGGGAUAGUUACAGAAUACAUGACAAAUGGGUCAUUAAACCAGCUUUUACAUGGGAAAGAUGUAUAUCCUGAUGUUGCCUGGUGCCUGAGAUUCCGCAUUCUUUAUGAAAUUGCUUUGGGAGUAAACUAUUUGCACAACAUGAAUCCUCCAUUGCUGCACCAUGACUUGAAAACUCAGAAUAUUUUGCUGGAUGAUGAGUUUCAUGUCAAGAUUGCAGAUUUUGGCAUGUCAAAAUGGCGUGUCAUAUCCAUGUCGCAAUCACGAAGUGAAACCUCUUUGCCAGAAGGAGGGACAAUUAUCUACAUGCCACCUGAAGAUUACAAUCCCAGUCAGAAAACCCGUGCAAGUGUAAAACACGAUAUCUACAGUUUUGCAAUUAUUAUGUGGGAGGUGAUGUCAAGGAAACAGCCAUUUGAAGAAGUUAUAAACCCCUUGCAGAUAAUGUAUAGUGUGUCCCAAGGACAGCGACUAGACUUAAGUGAAGAAAGUUUAUCAGUGGACGUUCCUCAUCGAGCACUCAUCAUAAGAUUGAUAGAAAGCGGAUGGGCACAAAACCCAGAUGAAAGACCAUCAUUCUUAAAAUGUUUAAUAGACCUUGAGCCAGUCCUGCGAACAUUUGAAGAAAUAGAUAUGCUGGAAGCAGUGAUUCUGUUAAAGAGAUCAAAGUCACUAUAUGAAUCACGAUGUCUUUACAACAGUGAAAAGAAAGCAGAUGUGGAGCAGAUAUCUCUAAAUAUACCUCUGAAUUCCCAAGAGGAAACAUAUUCUGCCUCCAUACAAUGUGAUGCACUUCCCCUUCGGAGUAUCUCUUCAGAUAUAUCAAGACUCGAGUCUGUUCCUAAGUGUAAUAUCCUCUCAUCAGAUGGAAAUUCUGGGGGUGUAGACCCACUCAGCAGUCUGAGCACGGAUGAAAAUAUCUCUGUAUCUCAGAGUGCCAAACUUCUAGUGCAUCCACACAGGUAUUUUCCCUCAUCUGACAAGAAUAUUUCAGGUGCCUCAAAUGCUGCAUCAUGUGUGCUGCGGUCAUCACCGACUCCUUCAGAUUUUGUUCUGGAAACCAUACAACAGAAUGUAGCUCACCAAUGGAUCCAAAGCAAAAGAGAAGAAAUUAUUGAUCAGAUGACUGAAGCAUGUUUGAACCAGUCGCUGGAUGCUCUUCUGUCAAGAUUUUUACUCAUGAAAGAAGACUAUGAACUUAUAAGCACAAAACCUACAAGGACAUCAAAAGUCAGACAACUUCUUGACACUUCAGAUAGCCAAGGAGAGGAAUUUGCCAGAAUUAUAAUACAAAAGUUGAAAGAUAACAAACAGCUUGGACUUCAACCUUAUCCAGAUGUUGUAUCUAAUUCUCUAAGACUGCAUCUUUAAAUUUAUUUUUUCUAUAUGUGAAUAUUUCUUAUUACAGAAUUUGUUUCUAUAGAGUAGUUUUAUGUAUGUACUGCCUUGUCUUUGUUGUGCCUUUAAAGAGCCUCAGAAAUGACACUGAGUUCAUCUAGACUGCAUUUGCCGAGUUAAAAAUUAAUCAGUUGGAGUGCAGUCAUAAAGCCAAACGCUUGACACUUUAUUGACUCAUUUCAUACAAGUCUUUUGUUUAUAUCUGACAAAGAAAAAACAUUAAAUGUUGCAUGUUUUAUAUGUUUUUUGUUUAUACAUAUCCUUUCCUUCCAACUCACAGGACUGAGACAACCCAUCUCUACUUGGAGUAUUGGUUUAUCUCCAUUUGGUCUUUUUCACUGUGGGUGCAGGGGAAUCUAGGUGCUCUGUUUUGAGGUUUGUAUGCUGUAUUCGUAAUAAGUUUUCUUUCAGCCAUACUGGUUACUCCUCCCAAGAUAUCUGAGGAGAGCGGUAGGUGGGAGGAAGUUUACAUUGCAUUUUUACAGGAUUUUUUCAUUAUGUUUUGGUUUUCCCAUUUUGUUGCCAGGACAAGCACUUCAGACCACUGCAUAACCAAUGAGGAGCCCAAGGGUGAGGAUGACAUUGUGCUGAUCAUCUUUGUUGUGCUAAGAACUGAUAUAUUAGAAAGGGUGCAGCUAUAGCCUUUUACAUUAUUGGGUUACACUCAUUAAAUUCCUCAUGAAGUCAUAGCUAGAGGAGAUUCACAUACAGCUUAUAGAAGGGAACCUUCAGGUAAUUUCUCUUUUAUGUUUCCUUAGUUAAUGCCUCCCUUGGUUUUGUCAUCUCCCAUAAAUAGUUCUCAUCUCAUGUUGCUGGAUCAAACCUCUAAUUCAAUUUUAAUUUUUGUAUUUACAUGAUGAGCAGUAGUUUGGGUCUGUGCAAAGAUCAGGCAUGCACUGCCCUGCCAGACUGGAAGUGACGUGCGUGUUUCUCUCCUGUUAUGACUUGCCUUAGUAUUCUCUGGACAACAUCGCUGCUGUCCUUUUUUAUCUGAAGGAUGGUGCUAAGAGGUACAUAUUGGGACACCUGACUAUAGAAGGUAUGUGGUGGGGUUUUCUAGCUCAUUUCGGAAAACCUUAGUAAUUUUUACCUAGGUGGCUUCAAACCCAAUAAAGAAAUUACUGGUCUUAAUAUGUCAGAAAACAGGAGGAGCAAAUGAUUUUCACAGAGACUGAUAAAUAAUUACAAAUUCUGCUAACACUAUCUAAAAUUUGGGAAAAUCAAAAGUUCUGUUAAAAGAAAGCUCAAAUCUACCUACAUUGCCAUAAAAAAAGGAGCAGAUAAAUGAGAGGUCCUAAAUGAUGGCUCUUUAGAAACCAAUGAAGAUGCAAGAUGUGCUCUAUUUCAGUGAUUCAAGCUUCAGUGUGGGCAUUUCUAAUUGCCAACAGCUUAUAUUUUUCAAUAUCUGUCUUAACUUAUUUUGUGAACUGAAUCACAAGAAUAUGAUGUAUAAUUUUUUGAUAGGAAUGAAGUAUUUUUAGGGUUUUUUAAGUAGACUUUUGGCAUAAACUGGGAAUGUUUAUUUUAUCCUGCUUCUCUGAAGGCUGUAGAUAGCUGAGAUCAGGACAAUGGUGCUUUUUGUAGAGCAGACCUGAAGAUGUCUAGCAGGGACAGGCUCUGAGGAAAGCUGCCUUGCCAGCAGGAGAUUGGUGCCAGAACUAUGUGCUUCACUGCACGUCACAUUUUGUUUAUGCCAUGUCUGUUUAUUAUUUCUACAGAAAGAUUUGUGUCAUGCAGGGUAGGAAU